AUGGCUCGAACACAGCGCGACAAACCCACGCCAACCUCAGCGCAGUUUGGAAUCUACUACCCAGAAGGAGAUGGAUACCUCUUCGUCUCGAUGUUGGGAGCAGGUUCACAUGGCACAGCAUGCCUGGUCCGGUCCGUCGCCGACGGCCAAGUAUAUGUGCGAAAGAAGAUUUCACCCAGUUACGCGUUCGACGAGAACAAUGAGUGCAAGGACGUCAAGUACUACCUUGCACACCCGAACAUCCCAAGACUUUUGCAUGUGCAGGAGCAUAAGCUGCUAGUGGACCCAUCGGAAUAUCCACCAGACGCGGCAUCUGCUACGAUGUCCAAGUACUUCAACCCAGAGACAUUCAAGAGUGUCGCGGCCUACUUUGAUUACUGCAACGCAGACAGCAUUAUGAGGUUGACCCACUUUAAACAGUUUAAGCCCUCGACCUUGUUCCUACUGAAGACGUUCGACCAGCUGUUAGAUACCUUUGGGUACUUACAUCGCAAUGGUGUUGCACAUCGCGACGCACACAUGGCCAAUCUCUUCUUGCAUUUUCCCAAUGAUAAUGCUCCACUCCCUGACCUUUUCGUCGGUGACUACGGAUGCGCGUCCACCAUCCCCUCAGACAUCUGGCAAGAUGAUACGCACACGCAGCUCAAACGUGAGCCAAGGAUGCACCUGUGGGACGAAGGUGUAGAGGCAAUUGUUAUUGAUUUACGCUCUGUGGUUCAAUGCAUGGCUCAUCUUCUGAUGGGUGUCCCGCCAAUUUAUACGGAGUCCGACGCAGAGGGAAGCACCGCCUCAGCGCAAGGCAUCGAUGUCGUGUUCGAACUCCACGAAAAUCUCUGGUCCAGCUUUCUCAAUCAUCAGCCAGAGGGUACUUACCCGGGGGAGCUCUACUAUCAAUGGUUUCGACUUAAUCGUAUGGUUAAAAGAAUGGAAGGACGCCAUUUCGACGCCUAUGAUGUGUUCUACGACAUCAAAGAAUGCGUGAGCAACUUGAGAUGGGAAGAAGAACAAGCCGUCAAGCCCGAGGAUGUACAGAAUCUGCGAUGGAUCAACGAUUCGGACGAGCGCCGUCAUCUCGACUUUAGAAAAGGAUCCAAUCCUCAUCUGUUCGCAUCGAGAAGUGCGCUGAACUCGUUCUCUGCAGCGGACAUCCCAGGACCCUACCGUAUCGCCAAAGUCGAUCCACAAACGUUUACGGUCCUUGGAAUUGAAAAGUUCGACCACUCGUGCUUCAUCCCUGUUCCAGACUUUCCUUAUGACAAGGAAUAUCUCCUACCGAGCAUCCGACAGCACGAGGAAAUGGGUAUGGGUGAGUGGCACAAUAUUGUGGAGAAAGCCGAUGAGGUCCUCGACGGUAUAGCGGCUCCUGAUUACGCGGCCCUUGGUUAUGUGAUGCCAAAAUACGAGCCUGUGAGCCUGGACACGAUACAGCACUACUUCGGCACUGAUUGGGACUGGUAUCCUGGAAAGACUUACGGUCGUUUUGGCGUCGGUACGCUCGUGGACCCGGCGGUGCUGGUGGACUCGGACUCGGAUGAUGAGUCAGUGGCGAGAGAGGAGGAGGCUCGUUCUGGUGCUGGGACGCUCGUGGACCCGGUGCUGAUUGACUCGGAUGAGGAGGAGGAGGAGGAGGAGGAGGUCGGCGCAGUUGUAAAGAGAUCUGCGUCGAUGGAUGGUGAAGAAGAUGGAGCGGCUGAAUCACAGGAACGAGGAGAGAGUAAGCGGCGCAAGCGAGGGGGCUCGGAUGAGAUGGACAAUGAGAGAAGGAUGAAGAGACGUAGAGAAGAGUGA